AUGGAUCGACCUGUGGAGUGUGUAUGCUGCCAGGAGAUUGCUCAGGUCAAAUCCAAACUUCGCGAAGCAGCCGAAGUAGAAGGAUUGCCUGAGCCAAUCUGCAUCACGCAGCAUCCUGGUUUCCUAGUGGUUUGUAUUGAUCGCUGGGUUCUCCAAACUGCCUGGUAUCAAUAUCGGCAGUAUUAUGGGGGCGAUGCUGAUCAAAGUCCACAACACAAGCGCAACAGGCACAUUGCCUAUCGUCAGCUAGUUCGAUGGUGUUGGGGGAUUUUGGGUAAKGAGAUAAGGGUGACUUUGCCAUCGUGUGCAGUAAUGUGCAUUCGGGCCCAUUUUCCUCCCCCAGGUUUGGAAGAAGAUUUUAUAUUUACUGGGUUUAGAUACGCAGAUGAAUAA